AUGGCGACAAUACUUAAAUUCCGUCAAAGUUCCCUAAGAGUAGUUGGGGCAGCUAAGGAGGCAUGCCAAGGAAAUGUAGUAACUAAACCAUUUUUGGGUGGUGGCCAUUAUAGAAGGUGCCUGUCAUCCCAUGUUAAUGUCCAAAAACAUGGAAGUAUAGCCAUUUUGGAGCUAAACAGGAGACCAGUGAACAGCUUCAGCCUGGAAUUUUUAGAAGAAAUAAAUACCACUUUGGGCAGCCUUGAAAAUGAUCAGGACUGCCAAGGAGUUAUAAUUACUUCAGGUGUUCCAAAAGUGUUUUCUGCAGGGCUUGACCUAGUGAAGGAAAUUUACCAGCCUUCAGAUAAAAAGCGCCUUGCUUCUUUCUGGAGUAAUUUUCAGGAGAUGUGGCUUCGCUUGUAUGGAUCACGGCUAGCUACAAUGGCAGCUAUUAAUGGUCAUGCUAUGGCAGGAGGCUGUGUCUUGGGCUUGUCAUGUGACUAUCGUGUCAUGGCUGAGGGAUUCAGAAUUGGUAUGGUGGAAAUUGAGGCAGGUGUCCCACCACCAACUUGGGUGGUUGGUACCAUGAGAAAUGUGGUUGGCCAAAGUUGUACAGAGAAAGCGAUCCUAAGUAACAAGAGGUACACAUCCGAGGAAGCUCUAGCCGUAGGAAUGGUUGAUAAGGUUGUACCAAAGGAUAAAACCAUGGAAGAGACGAUGGUAGAAAUGGAAAAAUGGGUCGCUUUUUCUAGCAAAGCUAGAGAAUUAACCAAAAAAACACUACGAAAAGAGUUUGUGGAGGCGCUGGAGAAUAACAGAGCCGAAGACAUCAAGGACUUCUGUGACUGUAUACUCGAUGAAAAUGUACAGAAAGCAAUUGGGAAACAAAUCGAGAAAAUCUCCAAAAAGAAAUAGAUACCGAAAGCACCGCGUGAAUUGUGUUGUCGUCAACGAUAACAAUUUGGCAAACGAAGAGAAGUCAGCGAGUGAACAAGUGAACUGGCAUCUGGAGAACUUCCUUCAUUUUCUGAGACCAACUUGAAGCGAGGCACUUUCAACAUAAAACUGCCAUUAUGUAAAUUAAACAUAACUUUUAGAAUAAGUAUCGUCACCAAUUCACAUAUCAACGUAUAAUCACAGUUUGUGUGCGUGGCAUGGUUUUCCUAUCCUGUCCUUCAAAGGUGGAUUGCCCGACCAAAUCAUGUCUGCAUUUUCAGACGUUUCGCUCUUUCAUGGCAUUUUAAAGGUCGCUGCAGGGGCACUUUGUGUUAGGAGACGCUUGUUUGACCUUUUCAUUUGAAAAGGAGCCUCUUAAAUCGCAGAUAUCCACUUCCACUAUAUCUCGAACUUAAAGCCGCGCCUCUCAAACAGGCUUCAGUGUAAAUCCCCCUUGGAUUUUUUGUACCUUUGGCUUCUCGAAAGCGCCGCGUUUUAGUCUCAAACUAAGUACGUGUUUACCAGAGGUAAUACUUUCAUAUUUAUAUCCUCGUUUUAUAGCACCAUCAAAACAAGAUAGGAUGAGCAGGUGAUGUUGAAUUGCAGAUAUCACCUCCCUUGUUUAAAUUAUAAUUCAUUCACUGUUUCAUUUAUAAUUCAUUCACAUCUGUAACCAAGGAUUUUCUUUUGUAACACAAUACUGCGUGCACUUGUAAAAUCAAAGUGGUCGCUAUGAGUAAAUUGUUCACGUGGAUAUGUGGAGCAUACCCUUUGGCACCUCAGAUCUCUACGUCACCCCAUUUCAGAACUGACUAACGAAAACAGACCCGCUGCUUUUGCUAAAACACAAACUUGACUGCAAGGCGCCAUUUCAGAGAGUUCAAGUAUUUAUCCAACUUAAACAUGACAUUGAACUUGGGACCAUGAAGAGUCAUAAACCAAUACCGUGUGGCGUUAAAACUAGUUUUAAUCUACCACAAAAUGCCUAUUUACAAUUUUUCUUAUUAUUUCACGCUACGAAAAUUAUAAGCGUAAUAGAAGUUGUACGUUUAUUUACCAGUGUCUCAUUUAUAAAGAAACAGAGCGGCUCUUUGUUUUAGUGAAGGGUGCAAAUCUCUUAUUUUGGUUUUACUUUGUUGGAUGGCCACAUCUACCUCGCGUUUUCCUCACGAAGUCU